AUGGGUAAUAGAAGUAUACAACUAUCAUCAAACGAUAAUAAAAAUGAAAAUAAUAAAGGCGAAUUAAACUCGAAAUUCGCUAGAGGAAAUAAGCUAAAUGCAGAUAAUGACUCACUGCUACAAUUAAGACAGAGUAUAUUCAAUAAUGAUUCCGCACUGAUUUUAAAUCAAAAUGAAAAUAUUUACAAGCAUUAUUAUUAUCGCCCAGGCUUGAAGGUGGAUAGAAUCAUUUCAAGACAAGAUGAUAAUAAUAAUAAGCAUCAAAACGGAAAUUUAUCAAAUUCACAAGAAAUACACCAAAGUAGAACGAUGGCUAAACACGUUAAGAGAGCUACAACAACCAAAGAGUACAAAUCUAUGAAUAAUUCACCAGAGUGUAUUGAUGAUUCCUUCAAUUCUAAAUUAACCCCAGAGUGUGUCUUUUCAAAAGAUUUUAAUAAAACUGCUGAAGGUACAGACAUAUCAGCGAAUAAAGUGGAUGUUUUUAAAAACAGAUUAAAAUUAAGCGAAGGUGAUCUUCGGCAAUCAGAUCCGAUAAUAACACAGUUUGAAUUUAAACCAAAUACCAAUAGUUUACUACAAUCGAAUAAUCAACCUGACCAAUGUAAGCAUGACCUUCUCAAUCAAAUAGAAGUGCAUACUACUACAACAACAUCUGUAUCUGACAAUAGCAAUAAUAAUCAGCAUAACACAAUGAUAUCCAGCAUUGAACAUUUAACGAGUUCAACAUGGAAGACAACAAGUGAUGAAGCAUCCAAAGGUAGAUUUAACAAGUCGAAAUGGAUCUGUGAUGAAGAGGAAUUAGCUAAAUCUAAUAAUGUAAAUUUAGAUUUUAUUUAUGAAAAUUUACAAAAAGAAUUUUCAAUACUUAGCCAAAAACAUAAAGAACUUUUAGAUAUGUACAAUAACUCCCUUGACAACUAUAAGAAAUUAAAAGGUGAUAUUGAAAAUGUCCAAUCCUCAGGAUUAAAAUUAGAAGAAGCAAAUGGUAAGUUUAUUACAGAAUCUGUGAAACAUAAGUACUUGCAAAUGGAAAUAAAACAGCUGGACAGUGAAAUUCAUCGUCAUAAAUCAAUUCUAAACACAAAAGAAUUAGAAAAAUUACAACUAUUCAAAGAAUUAGAACGUAUCAGGCAUCAGAAGUCGAUUUAUCAACGUCAGUAUCAGCUGGCUGUUCUAGAGUCAAAUAUAACCGUUCAACAACUACACGAAAUGUCAACAGCAUACUCUCUCAUAGAAAUGAGCGAGAAAAGUAAUCAAGUAGAGCUCCAAAAGAGGUUAAAUAAUGUGCAGUUAUCUGAAGGUCGUUUCAAUGUUGUUUUGUUGCUAAAAACAACUGUGCACGAAUCAUGUAUUCAAUGCCUUUCUGAUACAGAAAUACUUUUUCAACCUCCACUGCACCAAGAGACAGGAGACAAAACAUCGAACAACACUGCCGGUAGUAAACCAGUUAUUUGUCAUUUGUCUAAGGUGAUCUCGUCUGGUUUAUGCAACCCGUUGGAGUUAUAUAGCAAGUAUAAAUCUUUGCUCGACCUAGUACCAAAUGGUUUAAAAAAGUGCUUCAUUUCAGUUGGACCAUAUAAUACGGGUAAAACCAGCACACUAUUUGGUAAUGCUGAACUUUUUACCAAGGACACUGAAUUUAAGGAUACACCUAACAUUAGCCAUUUAUUACAUUGUACAAAAUUUGCUAAAAAUUAUGGUUUCCUUGGUUUAUCUUUAGUACGCUUAUUACAAAAUAUUCAAUUUUCAAAUUAUACAUCUGACAGUGAUUUUGAUGAAGAUAACUGUGUUACUGGCAAUAAUAUUCAUAAAGAAUUUCAAAACACUGAACAUUCAAUGAAUAAGUAUCGAAAAGUCAUUCACAUAUCUAUUGUAGAGAUACCAAUAGCAAGUAGUGACAGCGAAAUAGACGGUAUCAUAAAUCAACCAAUCAAAUUGCAAAACGAUAAUACCGCGAAAAGUAUUUCAAAUAAUGAAUUCACUUUCAUGCAUCAUUUAAAACAAUAUUCAGUUAAAAGUAUGCAUGACAUUUUGAGUUUGUUGACGAUAAUAAGAAAGCGUAGACAUCAAAUGAAAUCAAACGCAUUCCACAGGUUAGUUAUCAUACGUGUCGGUAAUGACUGUUAUAAUCCUAACUUAACAGAGAAGUUAGAAAAGUGUAAUAACGGCUUUCUAGUAUUUCUUGAUACAAUCGGUUUGAAAGAAUGCAAUAGUGCAUGUCAAUAUGAACCCGCUGAUGAAAGUAUUGAAACAUUAAACAUAAUAAGAACAUGGAAGGAUAUUGCAUCUGUAGCACAAUUAUUCCAUAAAGAAUAUUCACCAAGUAGAAAUUGUUCUACUCGUGUAUCAUGGUGGCUAGAGCCUUUUUUAAAUGAGAAAUAUAGCAAUAAGUUGGACGGGGAUGUAAAAUCUAAAGUAUCAUUAUGUACAUUGCUGAUACAUUUACCAUGCGAUAAAUCCUAUUCCAAAAUAUCUAUGCAGUGCUUAAAAUUUGGUAUAUGGGUGCUGAAAUUAAAUCAGAGAAAUCAUAGCAGAAAUGAUUCUAAUUCAUAUGAUAAUACUAAUGCUGGAAAGAAAAUCUCAUUGACAACGAAAUCAGCAUCACCACCGUCAUAUCAAAAGUGUGUAUGGAAAAUUGGUACUGUAGGUUAUGAAAAACCAAAACCUGAAUACAUUUUAAUCAAUUGUCAUAAUAAAAGUUAUUUAUCAAAUAAAAGUUCUGGGGAUAAUUGUAAUGCUAGUAAAUAUCGACGUAAUUCAUUUAAACAACAAAAUAAUUUGUUAGAUGAAGAAUGUAAGCGAAACAUAUUAAGGAAUUCAACAGGAAAUAUACGAAGAAAUUUAUCGAUAAGUUGA